AUGUCCCCCCGAUUGGCCGAUAACAGCCACAGGCGGGGCAAUCCUGGGCCUAGGCUCGUCCGCCAUCGGAUACCGGUCCGGCGAUCUGAUGCUGCCUGCCUGCUCCAACCGCACGUAGGGCAGUGCUGGCACUACGAGUUCUCGUACUUCAUCCUGCUCUUCUCCUGCCACUGCCGCCUCUCCCAUCCUCCACAAACGAUGUCGUCGUCGAUUGCCAUUCCGGCAACUCCUGCCGCGACUACCGUCUUCCGGGGUAGCGGGAGCUCUUCCAAGUCUGCCGCCAGUUCUUCGUCUUCCUAUUCGAGCUCGCUCCAGGUGGGCAUCUCGCCUUCUAACCAUAAACAUAAGAUGGGCCAUGGACGCCGUCCCAGUCUUCUGAGCACGGCGCUCUCCAAGCAGGAGUGUACUGUGAUCAACAUCGGCGAUCCGGAUGAAAUCUUCCUUCCCCCGUACAUCGAUUGCGACUACGUCCCCCUUGAGAACCAGCGAGACCCCGUCCACGACAUCGUCCUCAGCGAGGAGGAGUCUAAGAGCAUGCUGCCGCAAUAA